CAACGUUGUAUUGUAUUUGUGUAAUGUCAUACAAACGAAAUGAAAAUACGGAAGUGUUUUAGUUUAGUAAUUGAAUAAAAAUACUUCUGGCUGUGUCUUGUUUUCUAUUGGUUAUUACUUUGUGCUGUUAUUGUAUGCAUACAAUAUUCCGUUAUUUAUUUCGAAAGUAGGUCAAACAUACAAAAUGGACCACCAGCCUCUUGCUUCGAAAUUGGCUUCUUUAUGCCUCAUUUCGCAAUGUAAAUUGAAAGAAAUCCUGUUACUAUGUGGAGAUAAAAAAGACCUGAUAAUAGAUCCUACACUUAUAAAACCGUUAGAGAGGAUUUGCGGCGUAAGCUGGCUUAGACAACAUGGCAUUGAUAAAAUUUACAAAAUGGACCCACAACUCGGGAGCACAGCUAACACGAAUCGAGUGUACUUCAUACCUGCUUGCAUUAUGAAAUACAAAUGUGUUUUGGACCAGAUCUCUUCAGUACUGAGUCAAAACCCUGCCUUGGCUGAUCAGAAUUGCUUCCACAUUAUAAUAGUACCUAAAGUCCUUACAACAUAUGACUCAGUGUUAGAAAGUAAAGGAUUGUAUGGAAUUGUGAAGCUCCAUACAUUUUCAUGGGAGCUCAUGGCUUUAGAUGAGCAGCUACUUAGUUUAGAGCUCCCCUUCCUCUUCAAGCAGUUAUUUGUUGAACAAAAUCAUUCCUUACUCUCCAGUAUAUCCAUGUCACUAUGGAGUAUGUUCCAUGUUACUGGGAAGCCUAGAGCUAUAUUCUCUGUUGGUAAAUUAUCUGCAAGUGUCCUGGACAUGUUGGAGAUCUACAAUGAAACUUAUGCAAGAGACUUCCUUGAUACUCACAGCUCCAAAGAAAUUGGAGCUUUGAUUGUUAUUGAUAGAAACCAAGACUAUGCAUCCAGUCUGCUCACCCCAGCUACAUAUAGUGGUUUAUUGAGUGAAUUAUUUAACAUAAAUUGUGGGCAUUUAGACUUAAAUGUAAAAGAAACCAAAUUGAAGAAAGGAAAAUUGAAUUUUGGUGCAGAAGAGGAAGCAGCGACUUCCAAAAAUACAGUCAUGACAUUAGAUAGUAAUAUAGAUACUUUGUAUGGAGAAAUUAAACACAGGCACUUCUCAGAAGUCCUCAGUGUUCUCAGUUCCAAAGCCAAGCUUUUGAAGAAUGAGGACAUUAAAGCAUUAGGGAUACAGGAAAUCAAGCAGUUUGUUGCGACAAAACUGCAACAAGUGUCACUCUUCAAACAGAAUCUAGUCAACCAUGUGCUUGCAUGUGAAACUAUCAUAUCUGAAAUGAGUAACAAGUUUGAGAAUCUGAAGCUAGCUGAAACUGAAAUGUUGAACAAUAGAAAUAAGAAGUCAAACUUUACAUUUGUUGAUGAGAACUUUGGCACAGACAUACAUAUUUACAACAGCUUGCGACUCAUGUGCUUGCUCAGCUUGACCCAGUCACUAACUUAUGAUGAGUACAAUGCUCUAAUAAGCAAAUACUUAUUGGCUUUUGGAUACAAGUACCUGUAUGUUUUUAACAAUCUCAUAAAUGCUGGUUUAUUGGUUCAGCCAUCAAGUCCAAAAUUGUCUUUGAACAUUUCAAAUCUUGGGAAUCUAAGUGACAGAUUACCGAAAUGGCAGAAUGAGUUUCAGAGUGUAGCUAAUAAGUUGAAGCAGCUCCCAUCUCAAGCUGAUAAGGUUGGUAAAGCAUGUCCAAGUUAUGUGUUCCAUGGUGGGUAUGUGCCAUUGAUUGCAGUGCUCUGUAAUGCUCUACUGACAUCUGACACCUUUGCUGAUGCCUUAGCAAAGUUGUCAGCUGUAUCAGACUUGCGAGUUGGAGGUACAAUCCUAGAAAAAUUCAAGGAUGGUAUAGAAACAUUGAAUGAAAAAUUAUCAAACUUAAAAUUACAAAGUGACUUGGAAUUUGGUUGCAAAGAUGUUAGAGGUUUAGCUAAAACAUUGAAAAAUGAGCCUAAUAAAGGGGGAUGUUUUCCUUUGAAGCCUAAAACUGUGUUGGUAUAUGUUAUUGGUGGUGUGAACUAUGCGGAGGUAGCAGCUUGUGAUGUGAUACAGACUAAUACGGGCAGUAAGAUAAUAGUGGCAAGCGAUUGUAUAGCCAGUGGGGCGGACUUGAUGGCUGCUAAUACUUGAAACAAACUAAAAAGAACUUGGGAACAGAUAUUAUUACUAUAAACUCAUUUUAUUGAACAUGUACCACCUUAUCAAGUCUGCUACAUUUAAUGUGAUGUUUAGUCAGCUAGUUGUAAUUACAAUCUAUGUCUUGAAGCUUUUAUAAUAAGGUAUUUUGUAUAAACAGAAUUUAUUUACUUUUGCUACUAAGUUAUUAUUCCACUAGCCUAUUUAUGUGUCAUAAUAUGUAUAAUAUUAAGGAUAAAUGAAUAAUCUCAAUUUUAUUAAAA